CUCUCGCCUCCCAAUAAUCCCACGAGAGGAGAGACCUUUCAGUUCCAAAGUACCUGCUGCUGUAACUACUACGGAGUACUAUAUAAAUCUCACAAACCCUUUUCUCUCUCCUCCCCCUUCCUUCCCUCGCGCCUCUCUCUCCAACAAGAUCUCCACACCCGCCUCCUCUCCCCCUGCCCUAGCUCUACACGCUCCCACCAGCAGCAGCACAGAGACAGACAGACAGACAGAGAGAGAGACAGCAGACAGAGAGAGAGAGAGAGAGCAGACAAGGCAAAGCCUUUCUCUCGCUUCACUCCCUCCGCGGGCCCUCUCCGAUCCCGACCCAACUCUCAGGGUUUUGAUUGCUGUUUGGAGAUCGGUCAGUGAUGGCGGCGGCGGCGCAACAACCUGUCUCUCCUCAAGUUGUUGGGAAUGCGUUUGUUCAACAAUACUACCACAUACAGCACCAAUCGCCGGAGCUUGUCCAUCGGUUUUAUCAGGACAUUAGUAAGCUUGGUCGUCCUGAUGGUGAUGGAACUAUAAGCACCACGACGACGAUGCAGGCCAUUAAUGAGAAGAUACUUUCACUCAACUAUGGUGAAUUCAGGGCGGAGAUUAAAUCGGUUGAUGCACAAGAGUCUUACAACGGGGGAGUCCAUGUGCUUGUUACUGGAUAUCUGUCGGGGAAGGACAACAUGAUUCAGAACUUCACUCAGACUUUCUUCCUUGCGCCACAAGAAAAGGGGUACUUUGUUUUGAAUGACAUCUUUCGAUAUGUGGAAGAUAUCAAACAUGCUAAUGGAAACCAGAGUUCUGGUACUGACAUCGAGGCCCCUCUCACUCCGGAGCAGGAUCCGUCUCCAGCUGAGGUGAAUCAUGUUUCUGAACAAACAGUGGUUCCUGCAGAGGUCCAUGAGGAUGAAGAACUCAAUCCCUUGGACAAUGGAGAUGUUUCAGUUGAGGAAGAGGAGGUUCCCGUGGCUGAGGUUGUUGAUGAAGAGGUUCCAGUGGCCGAGGUUGUUGAUGAAGCACCUGAUGAUUCUCAGGUGGUCAGUGAAUCUGUCUCCAAACUUGAGGAAGUGCCGAAGAAGUCUUAUGCUUCUAUUGUGAUGGUUAUGAAGGAGAGUGCUGCGCCAUUGUUUUCUCCUGCACCUGUUCCUCGGAAAUCUCCAGUGAAGAGCCUAGCACCACAGGUGAAUCAUGCUCAGGUAUCAGCAGCAAUUACUGACGCACCAGUUUCCGGUUCAGAUGCUGCAGAGAAUGGGAAUAAUCAAGAGGGAGAAGCUGAUGGCUAUUCCAUAUAUAUAAAGGGACUGCCUAUGAAUGCCACAGCUCCUCUACUUGAAGAGGAAUUCAAGAAGUUUGGGACUAUAAAGGCUGGCGGUGUUCAAGUUAGGAGUAACAAACAAGGGUUUUGUUUCGGCUUUGUGGAAUUUGAGGUGGAAAGUGCUGUGCAAAAAGCAAUUGAGGCUUCUCCUGUUUCUAUUGGUGGACGCCCGGCGUAUGUGGAGGAAAAGAGGUCUACCAAUUCUCGAGGGAAUAAUAGGGGCCGGUUUGUAAAUGGGAGGGGAUCUGGUUUCCGGAAUGAGGGGGUAAGAGGGCGUGGAAACUAUGGAGGAAGCGGUGGCAGAGGCUACAACCGCGGCGAUUUCAAUGGCAGGACCGAGUUUAGUAAUAAUAGGAGCAGUAAUCGAGGUGGAUUUUCAAACCGUGGAGGUGAUGGAUAUCAGAGGGCUGAUAACAAUGGUGGCAGUGGUGGAGGCCGUGCAAACCGCGGUGGGGGGAUGGGUGUCAAUGGAACGGCCAAGACUCUCCCACCACGGGUGUCUGCUACUGCUUGAGGAUUCCUAGUUUAGAUGAAGAUCAUUGAGGGAUUGAUGUAGGAUUAUUUUUUUUUAAUUUAAAAGAUGAAGUUGACUUCAAGUGGUCGAUAGCAUUUGGUGGGCAGAUUCUUAGACUUUGGGGCAUUUUUUUUCCUAGUUAAUGAACUCUUUUUGCACCUUUUCCCCCCGUUUUUCUUCCUAAUGUUGGGUGGUUUAUAGGUUUAUAGUAGAGUUCUAAAUUACCUUUGUUGUGUAGUGUUGUAGUGUCCAAAAGCCCAAGAAGACCUCUAUUCAUUUUGCGGGCUUUGCGUAUUCGGUGAAUUAUUUUUCGGAGCAUUGUCGCUCGUGGUACCUGGAAUUAACAUGUUUGCAGCUAUAGCAAUGUGUUCUUUUCGUUA